AUGGUGACAAACCAACACCCUCCGGCGGCGGCGGCCACCGCCGCCAGUUCUCUCGUCAAGACGGCGGCGUGCGGAAACUGCAACGUGUUUGAGCGGAUGCUUCUCUUCCACGUGCUCCGCCGCGGGGUAUACCUCCAUCUCUGCGCCACCUGCGUUCUACGCCUCCACCACCAAUUAUUCUGCCCCAACUGUUUCCAAGUCCACCCAUCGCCGCCGCCGCCGUCGCCGUCAAACGACGCCGCCUUCACCACCUGCACCAAGUGCUUCUCCUCAUCCCACACCAUCUGCGUCCCGUCCCCUCGCACCACCCCCUACAUCUGCCGCCUCUGCACCGACCCGAACGCCGCCACUUUCAGAUUGAAAACCCUGAAAGAGGCUGGUGUUGGAGAAACUGGCGGCGAUCCACGCAGGAGGGCGGUGAUGGAUGCAGACGCGGUGAAGAAGCUGUUUGCCGCUGCGAAGAUUGCUACAAAUUCCAUGAACAAUGCGGCGGUUGCUGCAAGUGAAGAUGCAGAGAGGAAGGUGAUGGAGGCAGCUAUGGCGAGGAAGGGGGCCACACAAGCAUUGGAGCGUGUCGCGUACUUGGAAGUCAAGGAGAAGGCGGCGGCGGCAAAGAAGACGAAAGAAGCUUCUUCGGCUGAGGUAGCUGCCGCUGCUGGUGGUGGUUUUAGGGUUUGGUUUAAGCCAUAA